AUGUCAUCUACAAGAUUUUUUAUUCCCAAAAAGCCUCAAGACCAAAUUAGGAUAACUAGUGCACCUACCAACACCACCUCCAGUAGCAGUCCUUGCAGCAAAAACAGAAACCACCUCAACUUCGGCCACACAAGUAAAAUGACCAGAGAGAUGGAGAACUGCCCCUUUUCACCAUCAGGACAUUUUCUUAUGACCAAUGGGAAAAACCAACUCACACUUCUAGAUGAGAAUGAAGAUUUCUCACACAAUUUAAAUUCAGGAACAAAGAGUUCACACCUACCCUCUGUCGACGGUACUCCGUAUUACCUCCGACCGGCCGCUCGCCACUACGGCAGCUGCUGCCACCUCGCGGUGAUCCCCUACAUUACGAGGAGCUGGCACAGUGCAGAAUCACCGUCAAAUUUGGAAUACUGCACAUGUACGCAAGCUGAAGUUGCGUCAUAUUUGUUUACGUUUGUGGAUUUCCAGCAGAAGACACACAGCAAAUUUUUGAGCGGAACUCUAAUAAAUUCCAUCACUGCCCUGAUUUCUUCAUAUCAGGACGAAAACGUAUUAAUAGAUGCAGAACAUCCGCUGUACGACAACAAGAAUGCAAGGAAAGAGAGUUUGGAACGUGUAGCAACGAAAGUUGCACAAGUCUUACAAGGUAUUACCACCGAUGACUGCAAGGCAAAAUUCUCAAUUUUGCGCUCUCACUGCGGCGCUGAACUGAAAAUACGCCAGAGCGAGAGUAGUGGCUCAUCCGGCACCGUAUGCACUAUGCAGACCGAGAGUCUGGUCGUUCGGUCAUUUACAUUCUUCAUGACACCAUGUGAAAGCCGGUAUAAUAUUCCGAACAGUGUUGUUGAUAGCCCGCCAUGUACAUCGAACAGUGAAGGCCCAGAUAUCACAACUGAUGUAACUAAAAGACUCACUUGAGAAUCUGGAUGUGGUGGUAGUAAACAAUAGUGCUGAAUUUGAAGUGCUUAGUACUCCAGUGGCUUCCAGUGCAUAUUCGGCGACACCAAAAAUUUGGAGGAAGAGAAAGAGUGAUAGUAAUCCUUUAUUAAAUACAGUCCUAGACAACUUGAACUCAAAAUUAACCGAAAAGGCACCAGUCCCAUCUCCGCAUGAUGCUUUGGGACACUUCAUUGUGGAAGAGUUGGCCAGAAUAAGAAAUCUGACAAUUGUGAGGGACACAAAACAUAAAAUACUGAAAAUUAUAAUGGAAGCGCAAAUAAUGGAUGAUGAUUGUUGAAUUGUAUGCUUUUAGUGUUUAUUAAUGUGAAAAUACAUUAACAUUCAAAAAUUGAA